GGCCGGCGCAUGCGCGCGGCUCCCCCUCGGCCGCGGGGAGGGGGAUGCGGACGGGGGAAGAUGGCGGCCUCGAACAACCCGCGGAAAUUCAGCGAGAAGAUCGCGCUGCACAACCAGAAGCAGGCGGAGGAGACGGCGGCCUUCGAGGAGGUCAUGAAGGACCUGAGCCUGACCCGCGCGCACCGGCUACAGCUGCAGAAAACCCAAUAUCUGCAACUGGGGCAGACUCGUGGCCAGUACUACGGGGGGUCACUGCCAAAUGUGAAUCAGAUUGGGAACAGUGCCAUGGAUCUCCCCUUCCAGCACAACGGAGCUCUGGCUGAAGCCUUUGGAGCAGUUCCUGUCUCUUUGACCCCGUUCCAGUCGUCAGCGCUGGACACGAGCAGGACCACGCGGCACCACGGGCUGGUGGACAGGGUGUACCGGGAGCGGAACCGCCUGGGCUCGCCGCACCGCCGCCCGCUCUCCGUGGACAAGCACGGCCGGCAGGUGGACAGCUGCCCCUAUGGCACCGUGUACCUGUCACCGCCGUCGGACACCAGCUGGAGGAGGACAAAUUCUGAUUCUGCCUUGCACCAGAGCACCAUGACUCCAGCUCAGCAGGAAUCCUUUUCAGGAGGGUCCCAGGACAUGCAGCAGAAAAGAGUUUUAUUGCUGACUGUCCCUGGAAUGGAGGAGAGCACCUCUGAUGCAGACAAAACCCUCUCCAAGCAAGGCUGGGACACUAAAAAGACUGGGUCAUCGAGACCCAAAUCCUGUGAAGUUCCAGGAAUCAACAUCUUCCCGUCAGCGGAGCAGGAGAGCGCCCCAGCCCUGAUCCCCGGCGCGCACAACACGGGCGGCUCGCUGCCCGACCUCACCAACAUCCACUUCCCCUCGCCCCUGCCCACGCCGCUGGACCCCGAGGAGUCCUUCCCUGCCCUCAGCAGCUCCAGCAGCACGGGCAACCUGGCUGCCAACCUGACCCACCUGGGCAUCAGCUCUGCCAGCCAGGGAAUGACAACGACACCGGCCCCGUCCCAGCACCGCCAGCCCAGUGUCAGCCCCCUGUCCUUGGGCGCGGACUCGCGGCGACCUCAGUCCCAGCAGAUGUCCCCCACGCUGUCCCCACUGUCACCCAUCACUCAGGCCGUGGCUAUGGAUGCAUUGUCCCUGGAGCAGCAGCUGCCCCCGUACCCCUUUUUCACCCAGACCAGCUCCCAGCAGCAGCAGCAGCCAGCAGUGGCCAGUUCCCUGCCCCAGACCCCCCCUCUGCUGCAGAGCUCGGGGCUGCAGAGGGGCCCCCAGCUGCCCCCUCUGUCUGUCACGGUACCUUCCAGCAUCCCCCAGUCACCCCCGGGCAGCCAGAGCCAGCCCUCCAUGGGCAUUGACAUCAACUCGGCCUCACUCCAGCAGUACCGCAGUAAUGCUGGCUCCCCAGCCAACCAGUCUCCCACCUCUCCUGUCUCCAAUCAAGGCUUCUCUCCUGGCAGCUCCCCUCAACAUUCUUCCAUGCUGGGCAGUGUUUUUGGGGACUCCUAUUAUGAGCAGCAGAUGACAGCUAGGCAGGCUAAUGCCCUCUCCCACCAGCUGGAGCAGUUCAACAUGAUCGAGAACGCCAUCAGCUCCAACAGCCUGUACAGCCCCUGCUCCACCCUCAACUACUCGCAGGCUGCCAUGAUGGGACUGACGGGCAGCCACGGCAGCCUGCAGGACUCGCAGCAGCUGGGCUACUCCAGCCACGGCAACAUCCCCAACAUCAUCCUGACAGUGACAGGAGAAUCCCCCCCCAGCUUAUCAAAAGAACUGACCAGCUCCUUGGCAGGAGUGGGGGACGUCAGCUUCGACACGGAUUCCCAGUUCCCUCUGGAUGAACUCAAAAUUGACCCUCUGACCCUGGAUGGACUGCACAUGCUCAACGACCCCGACAUGGUCCUCACCGACCCCGCCACAGAGGACACGUUCCGCAUGGACCGGCUGUGAGCCGCGGGGCCCGCCCGGGCUGCCCCUCCUGGGGCUCUGUGCCCUCCUGGGGCUGCCCCUCCUGGGGCUCUGUGCCCUCCUGGGGCUGUAUCCCCUUCUGGAGCUGCCCCUCCUGGGGCUCUGUGCCCUCCUGGGGCUGCACCCCUCCUGGAGCUGUAUCCCAUCCUGAGGCUGUAUCCCUUCCUGGAGCUGCAUCCUUUCCUGGAGCUCCAUCCCAUCCUGGAGGGUCUGUACCAUCCUGGAGGAUCUAUCCUGAAGGGUCCAUCCUGAAAGGUCCAUCCCACCCUGAAGGGUCCAUCCUGGAGGGGCCAUUCCAUCCUGGAGCUCCAUUCCAGCCCGGAGGGUCCAUCCUGGAGGGUCCGUCCUGGAGGGUCCAUCCCACCCUGGAGCUCCAUCCCACCCUGGAGGGUCCGUCCUGGAGGGUCCAUCCCAGCCCGGGGAGCAGCUCUCGUGCCCCUGUACAAUCAGUAACCAGAGCUUGUUGUCCGAGCUUGCCGCGCUGCCGAGCCCGUCCCCGCCGCGUCGCCCCGAGCCGCUCGUUGCCGUCCAGCAGUCAGGACUCGUCCGGUUUGUCCCGGUUUGUCCCGGUGGUUUUCCCGGUUUGUCCCGGUGGUUUUCCCGGUUUGUCCCGGUGGUUUUCCCGGUUUGCCGUCGGCCUUUCCCUCUGCAGAGCCCCUUGGCCCGGUGGGACCUUGUCCCUGUCCUGUGCCCCAGGGAGGGGCUGGGGGCAGUCACAGGGCGAGGGGGGGGCUGGCACUGCCCGGGGGGGGGCUGAGGGGGCUGGGGGGGCCCUGCCCCUCGGGAGCCAACCCCGGCCGUGCACCGUGCCCUGCAGCUGGCACCGCCCGUGCCACUGCGUCCCUGCUGCUCCCUGCUGCUCCCCAGGCGUGUCCCGGCCCGUGCCCCUCCCUCCUCCCCGGCAGUCCCGGCACGGCCACCAGGCCCCCAAUCCACCUUCAACACUAUUGUUUUCUAAGCUUUUUAUGGUUUGUUUUGUUUUGUCUUUUUAAAAAAAAUAUAUGUGUAAUAUAUAUCUGUUUCUAUAUAUGGCUGCAUAUAUAGAGAGCAUUUCUGAGCACACAUGAAAGUUCUAUAAUUCAUUACUGGAUUAGACACAGGAUCAGAACAUCUUAAAGCAGCUAAAAAAAUAGAGACUAACCUGCAUAAUCCUAAUUUUUACUUUGUGAGAGAUUCCUGGGCAACAGGAAGGGCAUUUCCAUAGCGAUGCCAGGCUCGUAGAAUCAUGAUUUUUUAAUUUUUUAUUCUUAUUCAUUACUUAUUCUGUUACUUAUUUAUGAUUUUUUUGGUUGUUGUUGUUGUCAUUUAUUUUUUUUUAAUUUUAUUUAAAUAUUUGGAUAUUAGGAAAGUAGCUCAACUACAUACAGCCAAUGGAAGCACUCUACAUAAUAUUUGUACAGUACAUUUUUUUUGUGGUUUUAUUCCAGAAAUAUAUUAUAUAUAUAUAUAUUAUAUAUGUAGGUAUUUUUAAACUAACUGGAAUUUUACACAGAUGUUAAGCAGGAAUAUGGAAGCCCAAGGCAAGUUUAGAUAUUUUCCUUUGGAAAGGCAAAAUAGGGUGGUUGGAACUUAAAAAUUCCUUCAUUCACCCGGGGGAAAAAAAAAAUCUCUUGCUCCACAAUGGCCAGGAUUGAAUCCUCCAAAAUUCUGUUUAAUUAAAUGGAGAAUUGAUUAUUUCUGA